UAGUCCUCCUGCUACACCACUGACCAACAGGAAAGUUUGUGUCUCCAGAGUGGACACAUCCAUAAAGAGGCCAAACCCAGUCAAGGUCUAAGCAUCUGAUGGCUAAAAUAACUUUGCUUCUUUGGAAAAUAAUAAAAACCUUCUGACCUCCCACCAGCAGCCAACCUGAUUUCAAAGAGCCAAGAGGCAUCUCAGAUUCGUCAACAUUGCUUUAAUGAGCUGAGAAACUUUUCAUGGUAAACUCAGCAGCUGAGUAACAGGAUGAUGGCACCACAACAGGUAGAUAAUCAAGGCAGGAGGUCAAAGCAUUGGAGCCAACACCCACCCAGGACGGGGUAUAAAAGGGCUGGGAGGAGAGGAGGCCUCAGUCUCAGUGGCUCAGCCUUCCCAGCUGAUCUGAAGCUCCUGUGCAGCCUCAGCCCUACACCAUGACCUCCUCCUACAGCAGCUCCUCAUGCCCUCUGGUUUGCACCAUGGCUCCUGGAGCAAGAAAUGUCUCUGUCUCUCCCAUCGACGUUGGGUGCCAGCCCGGGGCAGAGGCCAACGUUGCCCCCAUGUGCCUUUUGGCCAACGUGGCACAUGCCAACCGAGUCCGCGUGGGGUCGACUCCCCUGGGCCGCCCCAGCCUCUGUCUGCCCCCGACCUGCCACAAUGCUUGUCCCUUGCCAGGGACUUGCCACAUUCCCGGCAACAUUGGAAUCUGUGGGGCCUAUGGUGAAAACACCCUGAAUGGCCAUGAGAAGGAGACCAUGCAGUUCCUGAACGACCGCCUGGCCAACUACCUGGAGAAGGUGCGCCAGCUGGAGCGGGAGAACGCAGAGCUGGAGGCCACACUCCUCGAGAGGAGCAAGUGCCACGAGUCCACUGUGUGCCCGGACUACCAGUCCUACUUCCGCACCAUCGAGGAGCUCCAGCAGAAGAUCCUGUGCAGCAAGGCCGAGAAUGCCAGGCUGAUUGUACAAAUUGACAAUGCCAAGCUGGCUGCCGAUGACUUUAGGAUCAAGUUGGAGAGUGAGCGCUCCCUGCGCCAGCUAGUGGAGGCGGACAUGUGCGGGACACAGAAGCUCCUGGAUGAUGCCACCCUGGCCAAGGCUGACCUGGAGGCCCAGCAGGAGUCCCUGAAGGAGGAGCAGCUCUCCCUGAAGAGCAACCAUGAGCAGGAAGUAAAGAUUCUGAGGAGUCAGCUGGGGGAGAAGCUCCGGAUCGAGCUGGAUAUUGAGCCCACCAUUGACCUGAACAGGGUGCUGGGGGAGAUGCGGGCUCAGUAUGAGGCCAUGGUGGAGACCAACCGCCAGGAUGUGGAACAGUGGUUCCAAGCCCAGUCUGAAGGCAUCAGCCUGCAGGCCAUGUCCUGCUCCGAGGAGCUGCAGUGCUGCCAGUCGGAGAUCCUGGAGCUGAGAUGCACGGUGAAUGCCCUGGAGGUGGAGCGCCAAGCCCAGCACACCUUGAAGGACUGUCUGCAGAACUCCCUGUGUGAAGCUGAGGACCGCUUCGGCACGGAGCUGGCCCAGAUGCAGAGCCUCAUCAGCAACGUGGAGGAGCAGCUGUCCGAGAUCCGGGCUGACCUGGAGCGGCAGAACCAGGAGUACCAGGUGCUGCUGGACGUGAAGGCCCGGCUGGAGAAUGAGAUUGCCACGUACCGGAACCUUUUGGAGAGCGAGGACUGCAAACUCCCCUGCAAUCCAUGCUCCACGCCUCCCUCCUGUGUGACCGCCCCCUGUGCUCCUCACCCAAGCUGUGGCCCAUGCACCACCUGUGGAGCCAGCACCACUGGAAGCCGAUUCUGAAUUCCUGUGGACGCGCAGGGGCUGGCUAAGGCAAGGGAUACCCAAAGAGAGAUGCUUGCUAUACCUUUAGAAAAUUUGGCUUCUAACUUUCUGUAUGUAUAGGCCUGUCCAAAGGCUAUGAGAUACCAGGGACGGUGGAAUCUUGAUGGAAAUCCUUCCUUUCCCGCUCUUGGUUUUCCCAGGUGAGCUCUAUGCCCUUAGUGGCUGGAUUGCAGCCACCCAUGAUGGCUCAGAAUAUCUGGAUUGGAGAGGCAUAAGGUUGAAAAGCAUUUUGGAGUAGGAAUACGGCAUGAUUUAAAAUUGCACUUGCACUUCAAGAACACCAACUUUAACUUGUUUUUUUUUUUAUAGUUUAUGACAAAGGAAGUGAAGAACAGACUUUACUGUCUGAGAUUCCCACAUUUCUUGGGUUGUUUCUAACAUUGCCAGCCUGGAUUAUGGCCCUAGGGAGAGGGAAAUAGAACCAGAUUUGUACCUGACCCUGUCUUUUCUAAUUCCCUUCUCCUAUCGUCCUGCCUCCCUACCUUGGAAGCUGAUUAAGGGGAAACUUUCCUUGUAUCAAAUUCUGAGUCUUUCUACUUCAGGGUUUCUAGCUUUGACAAAGGACCAGGCUUGCCCCUUCUGUGGCAACACAGCCUCUUACAUAUGGCUUCCAUAGCUUCUUUCUAUGUGAAAGGAACUUUCAGAUUAAGAAAUUUUUCUUCUUUUGUCUCUAUAAAUUCUGACUCUCAAGACUUGUCUGGCUAUAACCCCUGUCCCUGUCUAAUUCUCCCAGUCUAAAAUCUGAACAAUGACUUCAUUUUUUUCUAGUAUUUUCUCCUGAAGUAUUGAAACCUAUUGAUUUAUGGGUAGAGAUUUGCUAAGUAUGACGUGCUUCCACCUCUUCUCUUCAUGCUCUCUACCUUCCUUACCAUGAUUCAGCCACACUGGCCUUUCUGUUCCUUGGACAUGCCUGGAGACCUGUCCCUGCUCUUCCUUCCCUCUGGGGUGCUCUUCUCCCUCCUUAUAAAUGUUCAGGUCAGCCGAAAGUUUCCUUCCUCUGAGAGCUCCUGCUUGGUUACCAGCCUAAAGGACUCACAACCCUGGCACUCUGUCCUGCUCAUUAGCAACGCCAACAGCUGAACUU